UCCCUUUUCUUUAAGCUCACAUUAAUUUCUUCAACUUUUGAUCGAUCAAGAUUUCCAUCCAAUGGCUAAGAUCAACGCUCUCCGCCGCCUGUUUCUGCCGUGCUUCACGCCGGCCGCCGCCAACCACUCGCUGCCGAUCACGGCGGCCGCCGCCACCCCCAAGAAGCGGCUGAGCACUUCUCUCCGGGAUGAUCUGGACGACCUGAAGGCGAGGGGGAGAGGGAGCAGUUAUAGUAAUGUAGGGGAGGAUUAUUCGGACCCGGAUAGCCCGACGUGCGGCGCGGCUUCCGUGAGCUCGUACUCGGCGGCGGCGGCGGCGGCUCAGCCGCGGUCGUCCAAGACGAUGGUGGUGGGGACCAUCUUCGGGCACCGGCGCGGCGGCCACGUGUGGUUCUGCGUCCAGCACGACCGGCUCAACACCAAGCCGUAUCUCCUCCUCGAGCUGUCCAUCACCGCCACCACGCUGACGCAGGAAAUGGGCGGCGGCUUGGUCCGCAUCGCGCUGGAGUUCAAGGACGAUGACAACGGCGGCGGCGGCGCGGAAUCGGAGCUGAGCCGAUGCCCGCUCCACGCCAUCCCGCUCUGGACCCUGUUUUGCAACGGGCGCAAACUCGGGUUCGCGGUUCGGAGAAAGCCCACGCAGCAGACCCGCCUCAUGCUCAAGACAAUGCAGUCGAUAUCAGUCGGGGCGGGCGUGAUCCCGUCCGGGUCCGGGUUCGGGCCCGGCGACGACCCGGAAGAGCUCAUGUACAUGCGCGCCAAUUAUGAGUGCAUAAUCGGCGGCGCGGAUUCCGAGUCGUUUCAUUUGAUCAACCCGGAUGAAGGCCCGGGUCAAGAAUUCAGUAUCUACUUGCUCCGGUCUAGCAAUUCUUAAUCAUAGGCGCAGAGUGCAGAAUCU